GGAGCAUAUGUGAUAUCAUUAUUUAUUUGUUUAUCACUUUCCUUUCCACACAGGCAACGCUAUACAACUGGGGUCAGUCAACACUGACGAAGCCCUUACCUACAUCUCGGAGCAGUUCAUGGUUACAAAGGGAGAAUGGGAACUCGUCAAAAUGGACAUUUUUUCAUUUAAUUAUUCCAAAACAACUCAUGAUAAACAGAAACUAACAUACAAGGUCAUAAUCUCAAGGAAGCCGAUGCUUUAUGUGAUUAAUUUAAUCAUUCCCCUGCUCUAUUUUCUGGUCCUGGAUUUGGCCUCCUUCUUCAUCAGUGAAGCCAGAGGUGAAAAGCUGGGCUUCAAAGGGACGUUACUUCUGUCCAUCUCCGUCAUGCUGCUGAUUCUUAAGGACAUUUUGCCCUCCACUGAAAAUAAGCUGCCAUGGAUUGCCAGCUACUGCCUUGCGAUCUUCACCAUUGUGGGGUUAAGCGUCCUGGAGGCCAUGCUGGUGGGCUACCUAUACGACCUCGAUGGUUGCUGCUCUAUGAUGGCUCAAAGCCCUGCUGACGCCCAAAUGGAUAUCCUAGUGGAAGACGAAAAUCACAAAGAGCCUGCUGGAGCAAAAGAGAUUCCUGAGAAAAGUUCCCUUCCUCUGGAUGGGCUCAAUUGUUGUGACCUGCUGAAACUGAUGAAGGUGAAUGCAGCUCGACAGGAAGUUGAAGAACAAGACCAGAGAAAGCCGGGACGCUACAGAAGAGCGGCUGUAAUCAUAGACAGUGUUUACUUUGCCCUCUAUUUUUUAACUGAUUUCGUUUUUUUGAUAUACAUGAAUGCAGAAUGGUUUUCAGCGAUAUAUACAUAAUGAUAAGAAGUAGUUGAUGUGUGCAUAAUCUGCCAUUGCAUGCUCUUGAAUCUGACUUUAAAGAUUUUUUUGAACUUAUAUUAUUAUCACCAUUUCGAACCUUUAAAUGAUUGAACUUCAAUGUUGGUGCUCUUUAAAUAUACUACUUUUUAGUCUUUUUUUAAGUGGUGCAAUGAACCAGUUAAGUUUUUCAGACAUCAACUUACAGCCUAUAUUCAAAAUAUCGACUGUGAAAAUGAUAGUAUGUACAGCAUCUGAAUUCAUAUGAAUAGUGAACUAUGUGUUACUUAACUAAAAUGUAACUACAUUUUGUAGAAGCUUGCUGGUAGUUCAACCACAUUCUUAUUCAGAGAGCGAUUCAAGAAGUGGUUAAGGUGUGGGUCAUUUUGAUAACCUUGGCAGCACGGAGGGCCAUGUUUGCACACAUAUUGGUGUUGUCAUAUAAUGUUUAGUGGUGCUUUACAACUUUUGCUGAAACUUUUCUGCCAUGUAUGUAUAACUGUUUUUUAAAACAAUACAUGCUCCCAUUGUUUGAUUUGAAUCAUCAAGCUGCAUCAAGCAAAUGAUAAUGCUUACAGGUAUAACUCCAUUUAAUCACCAAUAUAAACUGUGCUACAAUUCAAUAUACUUUUUUGGUAUGAUCGUAAAAAUAAAAAA